AUGGCAGAACAAGUAAAUCAACGUAUUGAAGGGAUGAUAAAUGAAUUAGAACAAAUGCGGCGAACUAAUCUUUAUGACGACGAUGAAAUUAAAGAAAUUUCAGGUAAAAGAAAAGAAUUUGAAUAUCGUAUACAGCGCAGGGUUAAAGAAAAAGAUGAUUUUGUUCAAUAUAUAGCUUAUGAACUAGCAUUACUUGAAGAUGUAACAUUACGCCGAAAGCAAGCGAAAUUGACAGAGAAGAAAAAAGAUAUUGAGUUUGCUAUAACUAAGAGAUUAAAUAAAACUUUCAAACAUUUUAUAUUCAGGUUUCAGGAUGUUGCUAUCUAUUUUGAGUAUAUAAAGUUUUGCCAUAGUGUUGGUUUUACACAUGCUGUAUCUGCUAUUUUAAGCCAGAUGUUACAGAUUCACGGAGACAAGCCAAAGAUGUGGCAAAUGGCAAGUAAAUGGGAAUGUAAAGAGCAAAACAACUUAGAAAAUGCUAGAAACUUUCUUCUUAAAGGUAUCCAUAGACACCCCGAGUCUGAAUUACUUUAUUUGGAUCUGUUUGACAUUGAGCUCAUGAUUGCAUUUAAAGCAGAAGAUGAAGAAGAGAGAGAAAAGUUUCUUAAAAGGGCAGAUGUUGUUUGGAAAAAUGGCAUAAAAAAUAUACCAAAUGUGACAUAUUUAUGUAAAUUAUGUGACCAUUCCUUAAAAUAUGAAAUUGCUGAUUCAAUUACAACUUCAAUUAAGCUAGAAAUUUGGGAAAGAAGAUUAGAAAUGGAAGUUUGGUCAUAUAUUGCAAUGAAAGAAUUAGAGGGUUGCCACUGGCCAGAAAUUGAAGAAUAUGUGAAUGAUGAAUUGGAAUAUCCUAAAGAAAUUAUUAAUUACAUGGGAGUCUAUGAAGAAGCUUUAACACAGUUUCCAGAUGAAAAACUCUGCACAAAAUACAUUCAUGGCCUACUCGGCCUAAGUGGAAUUUAUACUGAAGUCCAAAAAAUUAGUAUGGUUAAACAUGCUUGGUACUAUGGCCAUGAAAAUGGAUUGUUGACAAAUGAUAUGUAUAUUUUUGGUAUAAGAAUGCUGAAAUUAGAGGAUGAAAUAUCAAAUGAUGAAUUUAUUGAAAUACUAAAUGGUGCUUUAGCCAAAAAUCCACACUAUAGAUUUCUAUGGGAAGAAAAGCUUCAACAUUAUAAUACUGAUGAAAAUGAACUUUUAUCUAUACUGAAAGAGGCUAGUAAGCAUUUAAAGUCUGAUGACAUGAUAGCACUCUGGAAUUAUUUACUUGAUAAUGUAGAGUCCUGUGAUGUGUUUAAAAAAUGCUACAGCAAAUUUCAAAUAUGUGAAAGUGCAGUAUUAUUGUCACUGAAACCGAAACUAUUAAAGAAAAUGUAUGAACAUAGUGGAGUGAAAGCUGCAAGACAAGCCUAUGAAGAUUUUAUAAGAACACCACCGACACAAGAAGAAGUGCAUAGAGUUAUGAUAGAAAUUGAAAUGUCUCAAGAUAAACCACUGGUGAAAAAUAUUAGGAAAUGUUAUGAAGCCUUGAUUCAGCAUCACGGAAAAAAUAAUAUCGAAGUGUGGAUGGAUUAUAUGAAGUUUGAACAAGAAAAUGGAAGUGCUCAAGCUGUACCGGCCCUUCAUAGAAGAGCUAUUGGAAUGUUAGAUAAAACUUUAGUUGACAAUUUCAUUAAAGCUCAAACUUUAUCCAAAAUAAAA